AUGUCCGACAAGCCGGUCGGCGCCUACGUCCACCUCGACAAGGAGCCCCGUGCGGGUGAAGCGCUGCACAUGCUGAAGAAGGUGGCCUCACUGGUGCAGCCCAUCAUGAGAGCCAGAGGGUGGAGAGUUGGCCAGCUUGCAGAGUUCUACCCGCAGGAUGCCAGCCUGCUCGGCGUCAACCAGAACAGAGGAAGCAAGAUCUGUCUGCGCUUACGACACGCCGGCGACCAUGCUCAAUUCUUACCGAUGGAGAGCGUGACGGACACGAUGCUCCACGAACUGUGCCACAAUGUCCAUGGCCCUCACAACCAGUGCUUCUACUCGCUCUGGGAUCAGGUGCGCGAUGAGUUGGAGGGUCUCAUGAUCAAGGGAUACACGGGCGAAUCCUUCCUGUCCGACGGUCAUCGCCUGGGAGGCUCCAAGCUGCCGGGCCACGAAGUCCGUCGACUCGGCCGCGCGGCGGCAGCACGUGGCCGAUUGCAGCAUGCUGGAAAGGGACCCGGUUGUCGCCUUGGCGGUGCAACCCCUGCUGUCGGCCAAAGCAUCCGCCACGUUGUCGGGGCCGCGGCCGAGCGUCGUAACAGGAUCCUUCGCGGAUGCCCAGCGGAGCGACUCAACGGGCGGGAAAUUCAGGAAAUCGCCGACAGAGCGACGGAGAAUGGGUUCCGCACGCAGGCCGAGGAGGACGGCGCGAACGAUGCGGCCAUUGCUCGAGCCAUGUGGGAAUCUUUUCGGGACGAGGAUGGCCAAUGGUUCGGGGACAAUCAUGUCCCAGCGUCUGCGGCAGCGCCCAUGAAGCCCGGAAGCAGCUCUGCCGUAUCCGCCGAGGCCAAAAACGGAAGCUCAGCUUCGGCAGAUGCCCGGCCGUCAUUCGGGACAGGUGCUGGGGAAAGCCGGCAGGCCGACGCGCCGGGGUGGGAGUGCCACGUAUGCACCCUUCAGAAUUCGGCGGAACAUCUUUGCUGUGACGCCUGCUCUGUGGAACGACCGACCGUUCGGAAGCGAAAGCGUGCCGGUCCAGAGUCUGGCGCGACCGGCCUGCCCCGGACGACCAUCGACCUGACGGAAAGUCCCGGGCGCGAUCGUGGCAAGCAAUUUCGUCCGUCACGUCACGGCGGCCCUCGGCCGACGUGGACCUGCAAGGCCUGCACGACAGAGAUGGAGCACCGAUGGUGGACCUGCGCACAAUGCGGCUGGAUAAAGGACAGCUCGUGA